AUCAUAUCAUAUCAUCUCUCUCUCUUUCUCACAGAUUGCAAACAAGAAAACAGAGAAAAGCCAAAGACAAACCCAAAUUGAUGGACUCUUCUGUCACGGAUUUGCAGCGGAAGAAGAGAAUUAAUAAAGGGGCUUGGACUGUUGAAGAAGACCAAAAACUUGCCGAAGCCAUUGCCGUUAAUGGCGCGAGAAGGUGGAAGAAGAUCGCAGCCAUUGCAGGUUUGAAUCGGUGCGGGAAGAGUUGCAGAUUGAGGUGGAUGAACUAUCUAAGACCCAACAUCAAGAGAGGCAACAUAUCAGACCAAGAAGAGGAUUUGAUACUUAGGCUUCACAAACUCCUAGGAAACAGGUGGUCUUUGAUUGCUGGGAGGUUGCCCGGGCGAACGGAUAAUGAGAUAAAAAACUACUGGAAUUCUCAUUUGAGAAAGAAGAUAAACCACCAAAAAAAGGAGAGCAGAGUUCCAGGGGUUCGGAAUGCCAUGGCCAUCGUGCCCGACAAGAAGGCCUAUGCGGAAGCAGUUGCGACAGAGAAGACGUCCGGUGGAGGCGAAGACCCAGGUACCGGUUUCGAUGUGGACGAGUUCUUCAAUUUCUCAAUGGAGAACUGCUCGGACUUGGAUUGGAUCGGCAGUGUUCUGUCCGAUGAUAGAGGAGCAUUACUGCAGGACGAGUUCAAUGGAUAUUUGGAUAAAAUCAAUUUCUCCGAAUAUCGAUAUUGAACUGGUGCCCGAUCCAAAUGUCUCAUUCUUAUUGAUUUUUCCUCGCAUGUAAUCUUUGCCACUCUCUUUAUAAAUUAAUAUAUUCUUUAUAAAUCACAUACUCUAACCUCCA